AUGGUGGAGCCCAUCUUCAACACCGAGCGCCAUGUCAAAUACUACCUCCGAUGCCUAAAGACCUUCCUUCCCUCGGCCUAUAUCUCCAAUGACUCCAAUCGCAUGCUCCUCGCCUAUCUGACCCUCGGUGGCCUAGACGUCCUCGGUGUCCUACAAAGCAAAACUACCCCGGAGGAGCGGCAAGGAUACAUCGAUUGGCUCUACCAUUGUCAAGUGCCCACGGGCGGAUUCCGCGGGUUUUCAGGCACAAACUUUGGCGAUGAGAGGCGGACUGCCGAUAAUGAGGCAUGGGACCCGGCCAAUGUGCCGGCGACGUUCUUUGCCCUGGUCAACUUGCUCAUUCUGGGCGAUGACUUGUCGCGCGUAAAGCGGAGGGAAUGCCUGGAGUGGCUCCCCAAGUUACAGCGCGAGGACGGGAGCUUUGGUGAAGUUCUAGGCCCCAAUGGGACCGUUGAAGGAGAUCGUGAUCUACGAUACUGCUGCUGCGCCUCAGGGACACGCUACCUUCUGCGAGGCAGGACUGGUAAAAGCGUGGAAGAUGUGCCAGACAUUGACGUGUCUAAGUUGAUCUCAUUCAUCGAAGCUUGCCAGAGCUACGACGGCGGAAUAGCCGAGUCACCCUUUCGCGAAUCGCAUAGUGGCCACACAUACUGUGCAGUUGGAUCUCUACUCUUUCUGCGUCAGGGCACAGAUAACAUCGAGCCUGCGCAGCUGGUGUCUCCGGGGUCGGCGAAGUUCGAGGCCUUAGUGGGCUGGUUGGCAUCGCGCCAGACAGACAAAUUACUCGGCGAAGAGGAAGGAGAAGAGGAAGGCGAAGAGGACGAGACAGAGGGCGAUAACCAGGAGGUAUCGCCAGCGACCGAGGCAGAGACAGGGACCGAGUCGGUAGAUGAUCUGAUCCGUGGACUGUCGGGUAUGACUCCCAUCGCAGGCGAUACCAUCUCAUGCGCUGGGUUCAACGGGCGGUGCAACAAGCUGGCGGACACCUGCUAUUCGUUCUGGAACGGCGCCGCACUUCUGAUGCUGGACCGGUAUUCCGUGAUUGAUGACGCGCGCAACCGGAAAUAUCUCCUGGAAAAGACGCAGCACUUGGUCGGUGGCUUUGGAAAAGGCGUUGGGGAUCCUCCUGAUCUCCUGCACUCAUAUUUCGGCCUGGUCUCGCUGGCUUUCCAGGGUGAGGCGGGACUUGCUGAAGUCGAUCCUGCGUUGGUUGCCACUAAACGGACUGUUCAGCACUUGCAUUCGCUGCCGUGGUGGUCAUAG